CGUUAAAAGAGCUGUUGCGGGGCUGCCCUGAUCUUCAGCUCCGACAACCAGGAAUCCGUCAGCACUCGCUGUGCUUGUAAUACAUACACUUGAAAGGCUGCAAGACCAGGGUUCCGUUGGAUUGCCUUAAGAGCAAGAGGCAGGCCCUCAGACCCAGGCGGGCUAACCUGGCUGACGAGUCCGUAGGUUGCUGUCAGGAAUACCCUAUACUUGACUGCCGGGCGUGCCGGCUGGAUUGAUUGCAAACAAAUUCCCUUUUCACUUCUCCUUCCUCAAGUUGCAUUUUCCAGAGACGGGAUCUACCUACCUUACUGCUGCUUCCUCCUCUGCCACCUGCACUUGCCCCAACCAGGCGCCAGCCUGCAUUAGUUCCAGCAGUCCCAUUCUCCUCUAGGCUCUCGCAGGCACAAUGUCGGCUCUGCGCUCCUGGUUUCGAGGCAGCUCCGCUGCGCCGAGUUCGAAGUCGUCAUCAAAGGUUCCCAGCCCAGUCCCGAGCCCGACUGCCAGCACAGCGGCCCUCAAUGGCAAGGCCAAGAAGUCAGGAAGAGUACCUACUCCGGCUGAGCAGACAGCUCGCGACAUAGAAGAUGCAAUGGCGGCUGCUGGCUUGAUCAUGAAUGACGACAUCGACGGCGCCGAAGAGCGGCUUCGUCUCCAGCAAGACCCCUCUGCCUUCCAUCAGCUCGGACUGGGCCUCUCCACCUUUAUGAGAAGCCUGCUUGGUUUUGAGAAGGAGAUUAUGGCAGAGGCAUCAAAUCGGCUAAACGAGACAGAGACCCGGGCAUGGAAUGACAUGAAGAAAGCCCAGAAGGACGCAGAAAAGGCCAAUGGCUCUGCAUCUGCUGGAUAUUUGUCCUCCAAGCCUAACGCUGUCGAGCAGACAAUCGCGGUUGAGGAUGGCAGAAGCAACAUCUAUCCUUCAGGCUCCGAAUUUGCCCUCGUGCAUGCCGAGGCACAAUUGAUGGGCGCUGUCGUGGCUGUGAUGCAUGAAAGCUUAACAGACACACUUAAGGGUUUCUACAAACUGCGGAAAGCGUUUAUCACACUGGACGGUAUCAUGGCGGCCGAGAGGCGAUACCUUGACUCAGCAAGGAGCGGACAAGGGGAGGGGAUACCACCACCUCCAAGGAAGACAAGUUAUGCCGAAGACCCAAUGCCUGGCGCCUUUGAUGAAUCUGAGUUUGCCGAUCUAGAAGGAGCAGAUGGGCAAACUGCAGGAGAGAAGGGAAACACGAAUACGGCCGAAAAUGCUCUUGAGAGCCCUAUAGUAGGGGAGCAGGACGUUUCUGUUUCGGGUCCUGCGUCACUGGAGGGAAAGUUGAGCGGUGUCGCCGAAACCCCGGAGAGUUUCCAGACACCCUCACAGUCAAGGCCGCCCUCUCGAGAUCGCUCAGCGACUGAUGGGCAAACCCUUGCCACCCCCUCCGGCGCGGGACAAAGUAACAUCCCUGGUGCUGACCAGUCACUUUUCAAGUCCACUGUCGAUAUCUUCGUCCACAGUGGUGCGAACAUGUGCUUCGGCAUUCUUCUUCUCCUCAUCUCCAUGGUGCCUCCGGCAUUUUCUCGCCUCCUGUAUGCUAUUGGCUUCAAGGGCGACCGUGAUAGGGGCUUGAGGAUGCUCUGGCAGUCCACAAAAUUCCCCAACAUCAACGGCGCUAUGGCCGGGCUGGUGUUGCUCAACUACUACAACGCUUUUCUAGGAAUGGCUGACAUUGUUCCUCCGGAUCACGACAUGGACACCCCUGACGGUGGCAGCAGCAACAACAACAAUGCCAACGACAGUGAUGCCGAAUUCGAAACAGCCGUCUACCCCAAAGAGAAGUGCGCGGCGCUGCUUGCCAGCAUUCGUGAGCGCUACCCGGAUUCGCGGCUAUGGAAGUUGGAGGAGGCGCGCGUGCUUGCCAACUCGCGACGGCUCGAGGAGGCCAUCGAGUUGCUGACGGUCAACACGGACAGCCGGAUGCGCCAGAUCACGGCGCUCAACACCUUUGAGCUGAGCAUGAUCUCCAUGUGCGUCAUGGACUGGCCGGCCAUGCGCGACAAUUUCCUGCGCUGCGUCGAGCUAAACAAUUGGAGCCACGCCCUCUAUUAUUACAUGGCCGGCUGCGCUGAGGUUGAGAUGUACCGGGAUGCGUUCCACGCAGCAGCGGCCUUGGACGACGGCAAUCAGGAGCGUGGCGUUCUCCACACCGAGGCGCAGAAGCACAAGAGGAUCGCGGAGGAAUACUUCCGCAAGGCGCCUGCUGUGGCCGGCAAAAAGCGCUUCAUGGCCAAACAGAUGCCGUUUGAGGUGUUCGUGUGCCGGAAACUGCAGAAGUGGGAGGAGCGGGCCAAGGCACUGGCCGUCGACCUCGCCGAUGCGGUGGCUAUCAGCCCAGCCAUCGAGAUGAUUUAUCUGUGGAACGGCAGCAAGCGGAUGUCGCCUCAUCACUUGGAAAAAGCGAGGGGUUUUCUGGCGUGGCAGCGCGCCACGGUGCCGGAACAGAAGCUCGCUAAGAUCAAGGAGGAGAAGGACGAGAUGGCUAUUGCCGUGCUGGCUGAGUCGGCGUUGUUACGGCAGCUGGGCAAGGGCAGCGAUGCCAGGGCGCUGGUCGAGCCCUUGCUGAGCAUGGAUAAGAACUUGUUCAAAGGGCCUACAAAGGAUGACUAUUGCCAGCCUGCCGCAAACUACGAGAUUGCAGCAGUGGCAUGGAUGGCUGUCUGCGACCCGGAUGCUUGGCCGAAAGAAGAGGCCGACAAAGUCGACGAGUUUCGGAGGCUGAAGGCGAACGAGUGCCAUGAAUACCUGGAUAAGGCUGCCAAAUGGGAGACGUACACUCUGGAUGCCCGGUUCGGCAUAAGAAUCAAGGCCGGCGUGGAAACCGUCCUGUGGUUCAAGUCGAAGAAAGGGUGGACGUCUUGACUAAGUCUGGCAUUGCCCAACGACCUGGUACGUCAUGAGGGUGUCAGUGUUGGGGAGAGCCUAAGCGAUCCGCCGAAACGGAUCGAUCUGUACAUGUUGAAACCCCAGUGUAUAGAAGCGGCUGUAUAAAGAGGGUUAGAGGGAGAGGCGGUGAUUUUGCAUCGGCGCUUGGGCUCAUGAAGACGAACACAAUAUCAGACGAGUUUGAAACGAUUAAGGUUCGGGGGCACUUUUAGGGUCAGUGUCAGCGAACACCAGUCCGCCUCGGCAGCCGCCUGCCCUGUCGUACCGGUAGUUACCAGACAACCCCUGAUUUGGACAACUCUUACGACCAGCCCAAACCCAGUUUACGAAG